AUGGCUUCUGAACACAAAAGAGAAAUGGAGGACCCGAUGCAGACCAUCAAAGAUCUGACAUCAGGUGCUGUUGGAGGAAUUGCACAGGUUCUUCUUGAUAUUGUCAAAGUUCGGUUGCAAACUACGACGCACUAUUCUAAUGCCCUGGACUGUGCUACAAAGAUAUUUGCAAAGGAGGGCCCUCUCGCAUUCUACAAAGGGACCUUGACCCCAUUGAUUGGUAUCGGCGCCUGCGUAAGCGUUCAAUUUGGAGCAUUCCAUGAAGCCCGUCGUUAUUUCGAAAGAAUGAAUACCCAGAAAGGGUCAAAGGAUCCUCAUCUAUCUUACUCUCAGUAUUACUUGUCUGGUGCUUUUGCAGGAAUUGUCAAUUCAGUGAUUUCUGGCCCGAUUGAGCACGUCCGUAUCAGACUCCAAACCCAACCUCAUGGAGAAGGGAGACUUUAUAGUGGGCCUCUGGACUGUAUAAAGAAAUUGUCAUCUCAAGGAGGACUGUUCAAUGGCCUUUACCGUGGAGAGGCGGUUACAAUUCUUCGUGAAGCGCAAGCGUAUGGAACUUGGUUCCUUUCCUUCGAGUACAUGAUGGACUGGGAAGCCAGGCGAACAAAUACCAAGCGUGAGGAUAUUCCUGCUUAUAAAAUAGCAGGAUAUGGUGGUUUGGCUGGUGAAAUGCUCUGGCUUUCAAGUUAUCCAUUCGAUGUGGUCAAGAGUAAAAUGCAGAGUGACGGUUUUGGAGAACAACAGAGAUACAAAAACAUGAGAGACUGCUUUAGACAGACGCUCGCCCAGGAGGGGAUGAGAGGGUUUGUUAAAGGCAUUGCUCCAACACUGCUUAGAGCUGCACCCGUGUCGGCUGGCACUUUCGCAGCGUAUGUUUCCUUUUCUCCCUUCAGAUUCUACCGCUAG